AUGGGUCCACCAACAUCCGAGUGCUUCGUCGUACAGGACCUGCCAGGCGCUGGUCGGGGCGUUAUCGCGAGUAAAGAUAUACCUGGUGGUACGGUUAUUCUCGACAGCGAAGGACCAGCCGCACACGUGAUUUUCCGACAAUAUCGGAAGGAGGUCUGCGCCUACUGCUUUGAGUACGAUCGAGGCCGAACUCGACCCGUGCGAGAUAACGAGAUCGGAAAGGUGUUCUGCAACUUGAGAUGUCACACUAAAUGGCUAGAGCAGCAAGGCGACCUUGGUAAAGAUGCUUGGCGAGCUCUUCAAACGUUCGUGCAAAGCAGAAACAAGGCCGUUACGAGUCUCAUCUGUGAGCAGGUAGUAGGCGGGAAGCCUACUCCCAACACCACAAGGCAAGAGUGGUCAAAUGCAGACUCGCAAGUGCAAAGUCGUCGGUCAGGUAACAGUUCCAGCAGCUUCAAAGGUGGGCGUAGCAAUCAUGGUCAAAAACCGCAAGUUUCGGUUGAGCCUGAUAUUUUGAGCUUUUUACUGUCCGGUGUUCUUGCUCAUCACGUGUCACCUCAGAGAUGGCAGACUGAAAUGCUAGACCUGGCGCCGGACGAUCAGCCAUAUACGAGCUUUAAAGAGCUGCAGAUGCACUGCACCAGCUUCCAACAACUGGCAAGCUUCGUUCCAGACGAGCUUCAGUCGAGUUGCACGACAGAAGUUUGCCAUACGCUGGCAAGUAUAGGUAGCCACAACGCCUUUGGGAUCCGUGCUGGCAGCGAAGACGGCGAGGAGUACAUGGGCUAUGCGAUUUAUCCGGAUGCAAGCUACUUCAACCACUCGUGCUCGCCAAAUCUAUUGAAGCGUCGGAUGGGAAGGUGCUGGGCAUUCUGGACGACAAGAGAGAUCAAGAAGGGUGAGCAAUGCUGCAUUACCUACCUCGGAGGUGACGAAAAAGAACUGGACGUCGCAGACCGCAGGGCGCGCUUGAAGCGGGUUUGGGCCUUCGACUGCAUGUGCGAGCGGUGUAAGCUCGAGGUGCGUGAGGAAACAGUCGAACACUCACAUGCCAGGGCUGAAUGA